AUGGCUUGUGCAAAGCAAGACAGAGGUACCUAUGACCAGAACUUAGGAGCUGAGAAAGAUUUAGUUGAAGAGGAUCAGGAUCCUGUCAAUGUAGCUCCUGACACAGUGCUCCAGGUGGAGGGGGAGUUGUUUUUUGUGAACCGUGAGCAUUUGGCCCAGCUGAGUCCUUACUUCCGAGCCUUGUUUUUUGGCGGUGGUCGUGAGAGCACCAGAAAGCACAUUGAGAUUAAAGGAGUUGGACUGCAGCAGUUUCAGACUCUAAUGGAGUUCACAAAGAACUUGAAGCUGAAAUUAGACUGCAAGAAUGUCCUUGAAAUUCUGGAGGCUGCUGACUUCCUCCAGUUGGACAGGGCUCGGUUACUCUGCUGUAAGUUCUUGGAAAGGCAAUUGCAUCUUAGUAACUGCUUGGGAAUGAUGGCAUAUGCUUGGCAGCUUGGCUGUCUGGACCUCUACGCAGCAGCAAGGGAUGUCGUCUUGACCCACCUACCUGCCUUAGCCUCCGAGCAAGACUUUAUGUUCCUUCCGAAGGAGAGCAUUGCUGACCUCCUUGCUAGUGACAACUUAAGCAUUCCCAAGGAAGACCUGGCUCUUGACGUGGCCCUUCGCUGGGCAACGUUUGACCCACGUCGGGAAGAGGACUUCAUGGAACUGGUGGGUCUGGUUAGACCCGAGUGCUUAAGUCUUCCCUACAUUACUGACCUUCUGUCCAAGAUAAACAGUUCAGACCCACGUGCCAAGCUCAUUUGUAGACUGAACGAUAACUUGCCCAGCAGUUGGACUAUGGGCAGGUCCAUGCCUAGAGCCCGCUCAAGAGAAACUCUGUUUGUUCUUGGUGGACCGCAUGAGCAAGAAACACAGUUGCUGUAUCAGUUUCACCCCUACAGUGGAAGGUGGCAAUCCCAUCCACCCUUGCAAAAGAAGUGUCUCACACAGUACUCUGUGGCUGCAGUAGGGGAAAACAUAGUAGUGACUGGAGGCUACUUCCGGGACGUGUUAUGGUAUAGUGUGGACUGGGUGAGCAUUUACGAGCAUGGUGACAAGCGAUGGGUGGACGGCCCGGCAAUGCAGAAGUCCAGGCACAGCCACUGCUCAUCAGCUCUGGAGUUCCAGCUGUUUGUGUUUGGCGGUAGCAUGGACGAAGGACCUGUGGUUGACGUAGAGAGGCUGGUUUUGGGAGCCAAGGAAUGGGACACCGUCAGCCCCAUGGUGCGGGCUGUGGAAAGGGCGGCCACUGUCACUUUGGGGACUAGUAUUUAUGUGGCCUGUGGUCUAGAUGAGAAUGGGGAUGUUUACAGUGGGAUUCAGAGGUACAGGCCAGAGGUUGAUCAAUGGGACGUGGUAUCCUAUUCUCCGUUUCCACGUUACGACCUUCUUGCAACUGAGCUCAAUGGUGCCCUCUAUCUGCUGGGAGGACAGGCUCUACGUUUAGACAUCGACACAGACGAGUGGACCGUUCUUCAAGAGGACUGUCUGGACAACAAAUUCUUCACAGGCUGUGCCACAGUGAACGGGCAGAUUUACAUACUGACCUUCAGCCGGGAGUGCUCUUGGACCACAAGCUUGAAGUUUGCGUCUGAAGAGCUCAUUGGAAAGGAAAAGUUUUAUUGUGGGUGA